AUGUGGUUGUGGAGACCAGUGAGAAUUUUACGUAUUUGUGUACUUCUUGUUUUUAUGGGGUGUAGUGAUGGCUAUUUGAAUAUUUUCAUCAGUCAGUCUCAAGUCAUGAAGCUGUUGGGACUUGAAGCUGAAUUGUACUAUGUUAGGGAGGGGGUUGUCAAUGGAUAUGCAAUGACAUUCGUCGUACCGGUGCCAGCUAACGUAGCGGAUUUAGAGUUCUCGUGGCAGAGUCUCGUUGGAUACCCGCUCCCCUAUUCCAUGGAGGUGGAUUAUAAUGUGAUGGGUGUGCAGGGCGGUAAUCCCGAGGCAGUGGCCUUGCUUCGUCCUCGGGUCAAUGUCUCAGCUAAAGGUGAAGUUCCUACCAACCUUCAAGUUUUCAGAAUAAGAAUACCGUGUUCGGGUCUAGUCAGUGCUGAAAUACCAAUGACUUUGAGGUUAAAUGUCACAGCACCACCUGGCACCAGGUACAACGACACAAUGCUCAUUUUCAGGAGGAAUAAAAUUUGCUUAAAAGGUAUUGUGGCACCGCCGAGCAAUGACUCGGUGAGACUCGAGGCUGGACCAUUCAUCAAUGGCACUGGGGCACUUUAUGUCGCUGCCACCUGUGCGUUUGCACUCAUCCUGGUUGUUGGGAGUGUUGUGAGCGCUUUGUAUAUAAAGAAUAGUAAAGCACGGGUGCAGGAAUCGCAGAAGACAUUACCAUGCUGCAGCUACUCAGCGGCUGGAACUGGCGGUCUGACCGGAAGUUCGGUACUCGUAAGGGUAGACCCGAGGCCAGGAAGUGCCAACUCUGGCAGUUAUGCCACAAUUGCCGACCUAGAGCCUCUCUACGCACGGCCCUGCGGCUCUCGCGCCAGCUAUUACGCCUCCAGCCAUGUCACCCACGUCAGUCAGACUACUGAUCCAUGUGAUAAAGCCCGGGCAAUGGCAAUUCCAAGAUCAGCCCUUCAUUGUAGAAGCCUGGUGCAAGAGGGGACCUUCGGUAGAGUGUACAGAGGAUCUCUCAAUGUCGCUGGAAAAGACCAGGAAGUCUUCAUUAAGACUGUAACAGAAGUGGCCUCGGCGUAUCAAGCAUCACUUCUCGUUGUGGAGGGCUCACAACUGGCUGGGCUCGUUCACGUUAAUAUAGCCUCACUUGCAGCAGCUUGUUUGGACACACCGUGUCCAUUAUUAGCAUACGCUUGUACAUCGAGUGAGUUAAAUUUAAAGACCUACCUUACCGACGGUGUUCAUCAUCCAGUUACCAGGGAUCUUGUUAAUGUUGGCGUACAAGUGGCGCGCGCUGGUGCAUUUCUGCACGGGCGGGGUCUCUUACACAGGGACAUCGCAACGAGGAAUUGCCUAAUCGAGCCGAGUAGUUUUCGAGUACGGUUGGCAGACGCGGCAUUAGCGAGGGAUCUCUUCCCGCAGGACUAUCACUGUCUUGGGGACAAUGAAAACAGGCCCAUUCGCUGGAUGGCCCUUGAGAGCCUUCAGCUUAAUCAGUACAGCACUGCGACAGACGUGUGGUCCUUCGGCGUUUUCCUGUGGGAACUAGCCACAAUGGGUCAACAGCCGUACAUCGAGGUCGAUCCUUUCGAGAUGAUGGCAUGCCUUCGUGAUGGCUAUCGCCUCGUUCAACCACGUCCCUGUCCAGAUGAGCUUUUUACAGUAAUGGCAGUCUGCUGGCUCGACAUCGCCCGAGAUCGUCCCACAAUGCCACAACUUCUAGCAUAUUUACAAGAAUUUCACGACGCCCUCGGUGGAUUCAUUUAA